AUGUAUAGACAUCCAGAAUCAUCUUAUUAUCAAGAAGAGCAUUGCAGUUCCAAUGCUGGGAAUACUGGUGUUGUCGGAGCGAUGAAUACUACUACUACUACUAAUACUACUGAUGAAGCUGAACAUGAUAUGAAAUCAUCACGUGUGCCACGUCGAAAUCGUAAACGUCAUUCCAGUUGUGAAUUAUCACUUUUAACCAAUGACUAUAAACGUUAUCAUUAUGAAGAUGAUUCACCUGUGAAUACCACUACUACUAAUAAUAAUAAUAACAUUAAUAACAGUAACCCUCCAUCAAUGCCAAUAUCCUCUUCAUCAUCGUCUCAUACAUCUGGCAACCCCGUUUCUAACAGUCACAAGUCGACAGUAACUAAUCACAGUCAAGCUUUACUGAAUCCACAAAUACACAAUUCUGUCAGCCAAGAAAUAGAGAGUGAUUCACAUUUGGCAUCUACAGGAACACCACUUCAUGAUAACCAAACUAUUCAGCCGUCAUCAUCUCCUAAUCCAGUCUUGCCUAUCGGUAUACCACCCUAUCCAACUUACAUGAAUCCAGUCAUUCUAUCAGCUUUAAUGGCAUGUGGUUGUUGGCCAUUUAAUGCUUUAUCGCCAUCACCCACUAAUCCGAAUACACUAGAUCCAUGGCGUACAACAAAUCUAGCAUUAGAUUCAUUACAACAGACAGCUUGUCUUCUUGGGAAUCAACAACGUCUAACAAAUCCAAACAAUUUUCCCCCAGUUCUAUCACCACCGUGUAAUUCAUCACCUAAUCCAAGUUCACUUCAGUCGAAUAGAAGUACAAGUCCAAGAAAUUCACUAUCUGAAGAAAUCAUCUCAAAUCUAAGCAAUAUUAAUCAGUUGAAUUGUCAAAAUAAACUAACAGGAUUUCCAUCAUUCCCUGUAUCGUCAUCAUCAUCAUCAACAGCAUCAUUACCGAAUAAUCUUCCUGGAUCGCAUAAAAAUCUUUUCAAUUAUUCAUCAUUACUUCAACCAUCAAACCUACUUACAUCACCAGGCACAAAUCCAUUUCUCUUACAACUGUCAUCGAAUUGUCCAAUUCCAACGAAUUUCCCAAUGAAUGUUCCUUUAGGAGAUAAUAACAACAUUAGUAAUAAUAACGGUAAUAGUAAUAAUAAUAAUCAAAAUAUGCUGGCAUCAGCUUUAUCUGCAUGGUGUACACAACAAGCUGAAGUUGCUGGUUUAUUCCCGUAUAAUUUACAAGGUAGAAGUCCACCUAUACCACCAUUAUUCAAUCCUGCCCUUAAUAUCCCCAAUAUGCCUACAGAUAAUCGGAUGAAUGAUAACAAAGCACAUGUAAACACUUCAAAUUCUCAUAUUCCAUGUAAUCCAUCUCAAUCAGAUACAGUGACCUCGUCAGCCUCUUGUUCUUCAUCAUCAUCCUCGUCUUUAUCAUCAACUUCUUCAAAUUCCCUCGAUGAACAUCAAUUCAAUUCAUCUGUAUUCAUAAAAACGUCACCAAAGUUAAACAAUUCCCUUGAUAAUAAUACUUCACUAUGUCCAUCUGUUCGUCUCACCUCGCCUUCUUCGUCUAUGCCAAGUUCAACAUUCAAUUCUCUUCUCGGUUCUAAUUGUUUAAAUGGAAAUCAAUCACUGGCUAACUGUCAAACCUCUGGAACGACUUCUUCUCUAGCAGCUAUGAUGGCAGCAGCUGCAGCUGCAGCAGCAAUGGCUGGUAUCUGUCGAUCGAGUAGUACAGAUUUAACAAGAUGCAAUAUGCCAACUACAUCAGGAUUAAAUCAUCAUCAAUCACUGUCAUCCCCACUGCCAUCAUCAUUCCCUACAUCAAUUAAUCAAGCAUUUAAAAAUCUGUCAACAGAUUUAAUGAAUUUAUCAUCAACAUCUUCAGUAUCAUCAAAAGAAAUAACUGACGACCUGUUCAAUUCACAUGAUAUGAUGAUGAUGGCAACAAUGAGUGGCAUGGCAACGACAAAUGGACAACCUCAGUAUGCGCAUCAUUCACAGUCAAAACAUUUACGACAUCAACAUCGUUCUCAUCACCAACAACAGCAUAAUGAUCACAAUACAGAUGAUGUAAACGAUGAAUCCAUUACAGAAAUGGGUGAUGAUAUUGAUGAAGAAGGGAUAGAUGAUGGAGAAACAGCUGGAGAGAAUGAUGAUGAACUUGUUGAUGAUAUGUUAUUACAUGAACAAUCAAUGAAUACUAUGGAUAGCAGUAAUAAAGAAUGCAAUGGAUUAUUAGAAGAAACAUUAGAAAAUGAUAAUAUAUACACAGGAAAUAAUAGUGGUAAUAAACAUUUUGUUAAAUGUUCAAUUGGAUUAAAUGGUGAAGCGGUUAAUUUAAGAAGUGGAAAAAAUUUAUCCGAAUCAAUGAAGAUUAGUCAAUCACCAAAUAAAGAUUUGAACAGUUCUCAUAUUCAUCAGAUCAAUAAUGAAAAUAAAUUAUUAUCUAAAUCAUAUAAUAAUAAUUUACUUGGAAAUAUGAUGAAUGCUAGUAAUAAUAAUACUACUAGUAAAGCUGGAGUUGGUUUCGUCAGCAGCACUGGUGGACGAAUCAAUCCUAAUCUGAGUCAUGAACAGAAACGGAAUCAUCGAAACUUAAAUGAAUCAUCAAUAAUGAAUAAUAUUACUAAUAAUUUGGGUGAUUGCAAUUCAACAGAAUCUGAUGAGAAUUCAUCAGUAAAUCUGUCUAACAACAACAACAACGCAACAAACACGUCGGUGGCAAUGUCUACAACAACAGCACCUGGAGGAGCUCCAACUACUACUGCAACAUCCUGCUCUUCAACUUCAUCAACAUCACCGAAUGGUGGUGGUGGGGGUGUUGGAUCAGGUGCACUGUUCAGUAUACGAAGAGCUGUAGGAUUGUCUAGAACUAAUCUACCCUUUCCAGCACGUAAACGUUUAUUUGGUUGGUUAGUUGAUCAUUUAAGAGAACCGUAUCCAUCAGAAGAAGAGAAAAUGAUGCUUGCUAUGGAGACAGGGUUGUCACGGACUACCGUAAAUAAUUGGUUUAUUAAUGCUAGACGACGUUAUGUGAAACCAUUAAUGCAAGGACGACUUGUUUUACAAUCAGGUGUUUUUAAAACUGUUUCUAAUGAUAACUGUAGUAGUAGUAGUAAUAAUAAUAAUACGACAACACUAGGAGGGGGUGGGGGCGGUGGUGCAUCGUCAUCAUCCGCUUCAUCACCUCCAUCACCUGCAACAAACACGGCCAAUAAUAUCAGUAAUAAUAAUAACAACAACAACUUUGGAUCAAAUCAAUAUAUGGCUACAAAUGCUUCUGCGCCUUACAAAUCGAGUUAUACACAUAGUCCAAUAAAUGAUAAGGGUCAUCGCGAGAGAUCUAGUUCUCGAAGAGGUGGUGCUGCUGGUGGUGGUAACAGUGGCUUUAGUGGCAAUACUAACAAUAGUAAUAACAAUAAUUCACCUAAUAUGCUACAAUUUACAAAUUCAUUCACUACAAAUCCUCUUUCGUCUACAAAUGAUUCAAUCACUUCGCCAUGUCAUAUCAGUAAUUCAUUUCUUUCAAAUGCUUUUCAAUCCUCGUGUUCCUCAUCCUCGUCACAACAAAAUAAUUUAUCCAUUGGUAAAUCAUCGAAUGCGUCUGAUUCUGCAGCAGCUAUCUCAGCAAUGGCAGUCGCUGCGGCAGCCGCUGCAGCUGUAUACGCUGGAGCUACAAAUAGAGGAUCAUUGACAUCCGUUCCAACGACUGCAUCCUUAUCAGUGUUAUCACCGUCUUCAUCGUUACUUUUCUCAUCACAAUUUAGUAAUCUACUUAAUACAGCAGCAGCAGCGGCAGCGGCAACAGGAGGAGCAGGAGGUGGAGGAGCAAAUUCAUCUGUAGGCAUGAGUCGAUCAUCACGUGGUGGAUCUAUGCAUCAUUUACAUCCGUCUCUACAGCAACAACAACAACAGCAUCAUCAGAACCAACAUUCACAACAACAACAACACUCUGAUAUGUUAUUAUCCAAUGAAAAUUUAGUAGAUGGUAUUACAAAUCUAUCUAAAAAUCUCUUAUGUUCAUCUACAUCUGAGCAAGAGCAUAUGAUAGGCGGUAGUAGUGAUUGACUGAGCAAUUCACACAGGUGAGGUCAAGUUACACAGAAGUUCCAUGAAAAAUGAAAAUAUUACAUAUAUAUAUGGUAUACUGAAGAGAAAUUAAUUAAACAUCUGUUCACGGCAUAAAAUGUAUUAUAAAGUUAUGUUUUAUUUUCUUUUUUGUUAAUCUCUUAACUUGUCCAACUAUCUCUAUAAAUGUAAUAACACAUAGCAAAGGAUUGCGGAACGAAAACUCAUCUACGUGGAGGUUUAAUAUUUACUUUAUUGUUAUAAUAAUAAUAAUAAUAAUGAUAAUGAAUAAAGGAAGAUACAGGUGUUUCUAUUUGAAAAUGAAUGUGUACAUAAAUGAACCCUCGCCCAGCCACCCACUCACACACACAUACACGCUCCAACUCCCAACAGACACUCCUCCCCACUGUCUCUCUAUUUGUGCUAAUAAUAUCAAUAAUAACAAUAAUAUAACAAUGGUGUAUAAUGACAAUUCUGUAUAAUUCUCUUUUUCUGUUUUCUAUUUCUAAUAAUAUAUACGCAUAUAUUACAUUUUUAGAUUUGUUAUGUGAAGAAGACAUUUAUUUCCGUGUUGAUGUAAGACUGUAGUUACGGUAGAAACCAAAUGUGCUUAUACACACACACAUGUGUGUUCAUGUGAGUACAUGUGUCUUUGUGUGUGUGUAUGUGUUUGUGAGUGUGUGUGGAUAUCUACUUACUUAUUCGCGCCCAUUUUUCUCUUGUUCUAGCGAUCUUUGCUUUCGAUUAUUAAUAUUAUAGUGAUGCAAUGUAUACGUAUUUGUGUUUGUGUGUGGUUCUUCUUCUAAGAAGGAAUUUCAAACAAAAAGGCAAUUGUCAAAUGAAUGUUUUUGGCAUUACAGUGUCUUUUAUCCCCACGCCGCGACCCCCUGUUCUCUUAUUCUCCACUCCUCUUUUUUCUUUUAAAUCUGUGUUUGUUAACAAGAAAUAAGGGGAUGGAACUCACCUUUUUCUACUAUUCCCUCCUUUUCUUGUGUAAUAUUUUUCUUCUUAAAAAAGGGAGUAGUACACAAUACGGAAGAAGGAGGAUUAAAGAACAUUUUUUUAGUUUUAGUUUUUCACGGUUAUCUUGUUUCAUUUUUCAAAUCUUUGUCAAUUGAUUUUAUUGAUGAGUGAAAAAGCGGUCUUUAACAAGUACUUAGUAAUGAUAUUUGUAUUAAUUAUAUUUAUUAAAGAAUAUUAUUCUUUUUUCUAAUAAUUAAGAAGGAUAAGGAUUGAUUUCUCCCUGAGUAAUUAUUCAUCCAUUUCACAUUUGCCUGUUGUUGUAUCACUCUUCCUCCCUCCCCCAUCUUUCUCUGUUUACUUCUCACCCCCCACCAUCGAUACAUCUCCGCCCACGUACAGCCGCCCACACACGCAUACACACUUUGUACUGUUGUCUGACGAUUUUUAUUCUUCUUUUUCUCAUUUCUCUCAUUCCCGCCCCCCCUCCACCGCCUAAUUUACAAAGGGAAAUAUAAAAGGUUUAAAGCCAAUUUCCAGUAGUUGUAGUAGUCAACGUCAACUGUUUAAAAGAAAAUAUGUUUCUUCAAAAAAAAUAAUAAAGUUUCUUUUCCUGCACUUUAUUCAUAUUACUAUAAUUUUGAGUACACAAAUAUGUGCUUAGACGACACACAUAUCUAUCCAUAAUGUGUGUGUAAGUGGUGUACAGGAUUGUUAAUAUAUUUAUAUUUUUUAUAGUAAUUUAUAGGAAUGUUAUUAUGUGCCUAUUGUAAUUUUGAAUUAUAAAUACAAACAGUGGGGGCGGGGGGAGUUGGGUGGUUACAAAUAUAAAAAAAUUAACAAACUGAAACAGUACGUGAGUGAGCUUGCACACUAUCACAUACAUUCACAGAAGGCGAGAGAGGGACGCGUAAACAGUAUACACGAAAACCCCCUUAAAUAUACAUUUAAAUGUGUUUCAACUAACUACAAGGAAGGUAUACACUCUGUACACUUGAGUCUUAUUACAUCAUCGAUUGUUAUAUAACUGUCAUUAUUUUCACAAUAAUGACUACUCCUCUCUUAUUGUUGCUAUGCCAACCACAGUGAAUUAAUUAAUAUAAACACAGAUUUGUUUGUUUUGUUUUCUUUUGUUCUGAACGUUAACAUUUUGCUUUUGUUUUUUUCUCUUUCUUUUAUUCUUUUUGCGUUCUGUUGUUUCUUUUACAGGUUAAAUACAUAUGCAUAUAUAUAUAUUAUAAAUAUACAUAU